UGAGUGUGUGUAGGACCGAGCGCGUGCGCGCGCGCGUGUGGUUGGAGUGUGUGUGCGCGCGGGGCCCCCAAGAUCCCCGCAGACCCCGGGAAGGAGGAGUUAUGUAGAUUACCGAUGAACAUUCUGGAGGGGAGCAGAGAGGAGGGAAGGAGCAGCGGAGGCAGUGAGCUGGGAGCGGCUGAGGCCCUUCCCGCAGAAACUGGGGGCACCGGCGGCGUAGGAGGUGGAGAAGGCGGAGGACGCACGGGCUGGAGGCGGCGGCUGCGACUCGGCGGCGCUGGGAAUCGGAACCGCGGGUGAACUUGGGCGCCACGUUCCGGGCGACGGCCGGGUGAGGAUGGUGAACACUUGCAGCCGCUGACCCUGCCUUUCCUCUGUUCCUCCCGGCUGCCGAGCCUGGCGCCCAUCCCCACCCCUGGACCGGUGGGUGAACCUGCAAGCUUCUACCCACCCCAGGACUAUUUUUUCUUUUAAAAGGAAACAGGGAGUGGGCAUUCGGAAAGAGGGAGAAAACGCAGGGGAGCUCGUCCAUCCGUUGAGGCAGAGUUCACUAUGAUCUUACUCGCAUUCAGCUCUGGAAGAAGGUUGGAUUUCGUGCAUCGUUCGGGGGUGUUUUUCUUGCAAACCUUGCUUUGGAUUUUAUGUGCUACAGUCUGCGGAACGGAGCAGUAUUUCAAUGUGGAGGUUUGGUUACAGAAAUACGGCUACCUUCCACCGACUGACCCCAGAAUGUCUGUGCUGCGCUCUGUGGAGACCAUGCAGUCAGCCUUAGCUGCCAUGCAGCAGUUCUAUGGCAUUAACAUGACAGGAAAAGUGGACAGAAACACAAUUGACUGGAUGAAGAAGCCUCGAUGUGGUGUACCAGACCAGACAAGAGGCAGCUCUAAAUUCAACAUCCGACGAAAGCGCUAUGCAUUAACUGGGCAGAAGUGGCAACACAAGCAUAUCACUUACAGUAUAAAGAACGUAACUCCCAAGGUUGGAGAUCCUGAGACCCGGAGAGCAAUUCGCCGUGCCUUUGAUGUGUGGCAGAAUGUAACUCCUCUAACGUUUGAAGAAGUUCCCUACAGUGAACUAGAAAAUGGCAAACGUGAUGUGGAUAUAACCAUCAUUUUUGCUUCUGGUUUCCAUGGAGACAGUUCCCCCUUUGAUGGGGAGGGAGGAUUUUUGGCCCAUGCUUAUUUCCCUGGGCCAGGAAUUGGAGGCGAUACUCAUUUUGAUUCUGAUGAGCCAUGGACGCUGGGAAAUCCCAAUCAUGAUGGAAACGAUUUAUUUCUUGUAGCAGUCCAUGAGCUGGGACAUGCUCUAGGGCUGGAGCAUUCCAAUGACCCAACAGCUAUCAUGGCACCAUUUUACCAGUACAUGGAAACAGACAACUUCAAACUUCCUAAUGAUGAUUUGCAAGGCAUCCAGAAGAUAUAUGGUCCACCUGACAAGAUCCCUCCACCUACAAGACCUCUACCGACAGUGCCCCCUCACCGAUCUGUCCCUCCGGCCGACCCAAGGAAAAAUGACAGGCCCAAACCUCCUCGACCUCCCACUGGCAGGCCUUCCUAUCCCGGAGCCAAACCCAACAUCUGUGAUGGGAACUUCAACACUCUAGCUAUUCUUCGAAGGGAGAUGUUUGUUUUCAAGGACCAGUGGUUUUGGCGAGUGAGAAACAACAGGGUGAUGGAUGGAUACCCCAUGCAAAUUACUUACUUCUGGCGGGGCCUUCCUCCCAGUAUUGAUGCAGUUUAUGAAAACAGUGACGGAAAUUUUGUCUUCUUUAAAGGUAACAAAUACUGGGUGUUCAAAGACACAACUCUUCAACCUGGAUACCCUCAUGACUUGAUUACCCUUGGGAAUGGAAUCCCCCCUCAUGGUAUUGAUUCCGCCAUAUGGUGGGAAGAUGUUGGCAAAACCUAUUUCUUCAAAGGCGACCGGUAUUGGAGAUAUAGUGAAGAAAUGAAAACCAUGGACCCUGGCUACCCCAAGCCCAUCACCAUCUGGAAAGGAAUCCCUGAAUCACCUCAGGGAGCUUUCGUCCACAAGGAAAAUGGCUUUACCUACUUCUACAAAGGAAAGGAGUAUUGGAAAUUCAACAACCAGAUACUCAAAGUAGAACCUGGGUAUCCAAGAUCCAUCCUCAAGGACUUUAUGGGCUGUGAUGGACCAACAGACCGAGAUAAAGAAGGACUCAGCCCACCAGAUGAUGUAGACAUUGUCAUCAAACUGGACAACACAGCCAGCACUGUGAAAGCCAUAGCUAUUGUCAUUCCCUGCAUCUUGGCCUUAUGCCUCCUUGUAUUGGUUUACACUGUGUUCCAGUUCAAGCGGAAAGGAACACCCCGCCACAUACUGUACUGUAAACGCUCUAUGCAAGAGUGGGUGUGAUGUAGGGAUUUCUUUUUUCUUUCUUUUCCGGGAGUUUGUGGUAACUUGAGAUUCAAGACAAGAGCUGUUAUGCUGUUUCCUAGCUAGGAGCAGGCUUGUGGCAGCCUGAUCGAGGCUGACCUUCCAAACCUAGAUGGUUGCUGGUCCUGCACAUGAGUGGAAAUAUAUUCAUGGAGAAGCUUCCAUGAUGCACAGUAUCUGCCGUUCUUCAGUCCUCUGUCUUUCUUUGUCAUUCAGUUCUAGGCCUUUCCUCUGCACGCUCAAUGCCCAGUAAAAUUUCAGGAUUAACUGAAGAAGAGAAAUAUAGAAGAAAAGUUUCUUCUUAAUUUUUUUUAAAAAAAAAAUACUUUUCCUUCUGAAAUCUGAGCCCAUUUCUGGGAAAGAGAAAGAAAGAGAGAGAGAGAGAGAGAUUAAAAAAAAAAGCAAAUCAGAAAACCCAUAGGUUUUUGCUUUAAAGCAAAAGAAGAGUUUAAAAACAACAAAAUCCACAAUUGAACUUUCAGAAAAGUGUGAAGAUCCAAAACAGCUUUGUCUCCAAAGAAGAUAGCUCUGUGACCACUAUGGAUAGUUUCCUGCGCAUUGUCUUGUCAGGUGGGAGAUCUGGAACAUACAUGCAGGACGCUAGACUGUUGGGACAGCCAUUUUCCAACAAACAAGGGGCCAAAAUAUCUGCAAUAUAGUAACAGCCUUAAUAAUACAUGCAUUUUCAUUUUCUACAGCUGUUCUCAACUAUGUCCACAAUGUAUCAUCACCUCCAUACUCAUAGCUGUAUUCAAACAGGACCUUUUGGUUGUUUUGAAAUGUUUCUGAACCCCCUCUUGCCUCCUGACCCAGCAUCAUUGUGACAUUCUUCCCAGUUGUGUUAGGCCUUUGUCCCAGGCCGUCCAUUGGUCUGUCAGCAAUACUCAGCGCAAAGCAGAGCGAGAAGCAUUGUGUCUCUGAAGUAAAGAAAGUGAUGGUCAUAUUAUAAAGAUAUGUUCCUCUUUAAUACAGCGGUGUAACCCUUUGAGAACUAUCAGACCAGCUUACAGAGUCAGGAUGAUCAGUCUUGCAAUCUGGUCAUUUGUAGAAGUGGCCAAAAGGGAAAGCCAUCACACGUUCGAGAAGUUCAGACUUGUAAAGCAUACCUUCCAAUCCCAUGUAAUUCUUUAAUGACUGACAGUACUGCAUAAAUGCUUUUAUAACAAACAACAGUGGUGUGACUUGCCAAAACUUUUCUGGCAAAUAAAAAAGAUAUUUUGUUAACAAUAUCUCAUGAGAGUGAAAUUUUAUUUGAAUAAUCGGUUAGAACAGUCUAAGCUUUUUCUUCUUCAGACACAUUGAUCUUUUUUUUUUUAUUUCAAAUCCAUUGCAUGAAAACUCAGUUUGCCACAAAAUAUGCUGUUCGCAUUGCUUGGUUAAAACUGAAUUAAAAUGAUGACUCUGAGUUGCAUGAAUACCAUCGAAUGCAUUUCCUACUGCAUGUCAGCCAUAGUUCUCAAAGGGUUGGUGUGGCUUCUGGCGUUUAGCCAUCUAUUUGAUCACUGACAGAGCCAAGAGACACCAAAGCAUCCCAUUGUUGAGUGUAAUUUGUCCUAACAGCAGUAUUGUCAUUUUCAUGUGACCUGCAGAGCAGGAUCGUAUCAAUAUUUUUUUUCCUAGAGAAAAGUCAGAAACUGACAGACCUCUUUAUUGAUUUUAGAAGCUGCUUCUUGGAGUGAAUGGCUUUACAGCCACUGGGCUGUGAACUUAUUAGAGAUGGUCAGAAGGAAAGCACCCCAUGAGUCAGACAAUUGGCUUUGUGUGAAAGCCAGCUUUUGAGGGGAUUAGCUUUUGAAACAAUGAACAGCUUGCCUUGAACUUGCUAUUGAUCUGUUGACUGUCAUUAACAACAACUUAAACAUUGUCUUCUGUGAAAUUUUUUCCUUGAAGAGCCCUGUUCUGUGUCUUUGCCCUUUGACCUUUAACUUGCAAACUGGCACAAACUGAAGGAAAUCUGGUGUCACUUCUCCACUGGAUUGUUAUUCUCCAAAACCUAGUAAACAAGAGCUGUUUCCUUAGA